CACACACACACACACACACACACACACACACAGCUAUCUCCCUCCCUCUCGCCCUCUCUCCAUCUUUCCAGCUUUAAUCCCUAGCAGAUGCAGCCUCUGGUGAAAUGAGAAACCAGGGAACCCCCUGGAGCUGGGGAAGCCACUCAUCGGCAGUGGACUCACUCUCCUCACCACAGAAGAACCUGACAAACAAGUCACAAAGUCAUCUCCAGACCCAACCUGGGAAGGGGAGGGAGGCCAAGAGAAGCGGACAAACUCGAGGAGCCACGCCAGAGCGACCGGCCGAGGCCACCUAACGAAAGCCUGACCGCAGCUCGCCAUUCCACAGGCCGACCCCACAUCCCUGGAAAGAUAGGAUCUCACCACCACCCAAAGAAAAACCCCGGACUCAGCUGCGCGUCCUCUCCCUUCAACCUCCUGCGGGACCCAGAGGUGCCCGGGCCCGCGGGACCCAGUGGUGUCGCGCGCUGCUCCCAACCCCGAACCAUCCUGAGCCAAAUGAGGACCAUGCGGCAGUAGCAGCCAUGCUGCCCUUCCUGCUGGCCACACUGGGCACCACGGCCCUCAACAACAGCAACCCCAAGGACUACUGCUACAGUGCUCGCAUCCGCAGCACUGUCCUUCAGGGCCUGCCCUUUGGGGGCGUCCCCACCGUGUUGGCUCUCGACUUCAUGUGCUUCCUUGCAUUGCUGUUCCUGUUCUCCAUCCUCCGGAAGGUGGCCUGGGACUAUGGGCGGCUGGCUUUGGUGACAGAUGCAGACAGGCUUCGGCGGCAGGAGAGGGACCGAGUGGAACAGGAAUAUGUGGCCUCAGCUAUGCACGGAGACAGUCAUGACCGGUAUGAGCGUCUCACAUCUGUCUCCAGCUCCGUCGACUUUGACCAAAGAGACAAUGGUUUCUGUUCCUGGCUGACAGCCAUCUUCAGGAUAAAAGAUGAUGAGAUCCGGGACAAGUGUGGGGGUGACGCCGUGCACUACCUGUCCUUCCAGCGGCACAUCAUCGGGCUGCUGGUUGUCGUGGGUGUCCUCUCCGUAGGCAUUGUGCUGCCUGUCAACUUCUCAGGGGACCUGCUGGAGAACAAUGCGUACAGCUUCGGGAGAACCACCAUCGCCAACUUGAAAUCAGGGAACAACCUGCUAUGGCUGCACACCUCCUUCGCCUUCCUGUACCUGCUGCUCACCGUCUAUAGCAUGCGUAGACACACCUCCAAGAUGCGCUACAAGGAGGACGACCUGGUGAAGCGAACACUCUUCAUCAAUGGAAUCUCCAAAUACGCAGAGUCAGAAAAGAUCAAGAAGCAUUUUGAGGAGGCCUACCCCAACUGCACGGUUCUGGAAGCCCGCCCAUGUUACAAUGUGGCUCGUCUUAUGUUCCUCGAUGCAGAGAGGAAGAAGGCCGAGCGGGGAAAGUUGUAUUUCACAAACCUCCAGAGCAAGGAGAAUAUCUCCACCAUGAUCAACCCCAAGCCCUGUGGCCACCUCUGCUGCUGCGUGGUUCGAGGCUGUGAGCAGGUAGAGGCCAUCGAGUACUACACGAAGCUGGAGCAGAAGCUGAAGGAGGACUACAAGCGGGAGAAAGAGAAGGUGAACGAGAAGCCUCUUGGCAUGGCCUUUGUCACCUUCCACAAUGAGACCAUCACCGCCAUCAUCCUGAAGGACUUCAACGUGUGUAAGUGCCAGGGCUGCACUUGCCGUGGGGAGCCACGCUCCUCGUCCUGCAGUGAGUCCCUACACAUCUCCAACUGGACCGUGUCCUACGCCCCCGACCCCCAGAACAUCUACUGGGAGCACCUCUCCAUCCGCGGCUUCAUCUGGUGGCUGCGCUGCCUGGUCAUCAACGUCGUCCUCUUCAUCCUCCUCUUCUUCCUCACCACCCCGGCCAUCAUCAUCACCACCAUGGACAAGUUCAACGUCACCAAGCCCGUAGAGUACCUCAACAACCCAAUCAUCACCCAGUUCUUCCCUACCCUGCUGCUGUGGUGCUUCUCGGCCCUGCUCCCCACCAUCGUCUACUACUCUGCCUUCUUUGAAGCUCACUGGACACGCUCCGGAGAGAACAGGACCACCAUGCACAAGUGCUACACCUUCCUCAUCUUCAUGGUGCUGCUCCUGCCCUCGCUGGGACUGAGCAGCCUGGACCUCUUCUUCCGCUGGCUCUUUGACAAGAAAUUCUUGGCUGAGGCAGCUAUUCGGUUUGAGUGCGUGUUCCUGCCCGACAACGGCGCCUUCUUCGUGAACUACGUCAUUGCCUCAGCCUUUAUCGGCAACGCCAUGGACCUGCUGCGCAUCCCAGGCCUGCUCAUGUACAUGAUCCGGCUCUGCCUGGCGCGCUCCGCCGCCGAGAGGCGCAACGUGAAGCGGCAUCAGGCCUACGAGUUCCAGUUUGGCGCAGCCUACGCCUGGAUGAUGUGCGUCUUCACGGUGGUCAUGACCUACAGUAUCACCUGCCCCAUCAUCGUGCCCUUCGGGCUCAUGUACAUGCUGCUGAAGCACCUGGUAGACAGGUAUAAUCUCUACUACGCCUACCUGCCGGCCAAGCUGGACAAGAAGAUCCACUCCGGGGCUGUGAACCAGGUGGUAGCCGCGCCAAUCCUCUGCCUCUUCUGGCUGCUCUUCUUCUCCACCAUGCGCACGGGGUUCCUAGCCCCCACGUCCAUGUUCACAUUCGUGGUCCUGGUCAUCACCAUUGUCAUCUGUCUCUGCCACGUCUGCUUCGGACACUUCAAAUACCUCAGUGCCCACAACUACAAGAUUGAGCACACGGAGACAGAUGCUGUGGACCCCAGAAGCAAUGGACGGCCCCCCACUGCUGCUGCUGUCCCUAAAUCUGCGAAAUACAUCGCUCAGGUGCUGCAGGACUCAGAGGUGGACGGGGAUGGGGAUGGGGGUCCUGGGAGCUCGGGGGACGAGCCCCCGUCAUCCUCGUCCCAAGAUGAGGAGCUGCUGAUGCCGCCUGGUGGCCUCACGGACACAGACUUCCAGUCUUGCGAGGACAGCCUCAUAGAGAAUGAAAUUCACCAGUAAGGGGAGGGAGGGGCCCUGGAGGCCACGCCCUGCCCCACCCUACCUGCCCCCUACGGACACUAAAAAAAAAACGCUAAUAAUUUAUUAGAUCUAAAGCCCUUCCUCCCCAUCCCCUGCUUUCAUUAAGGUAUUUAAACCUGGGGGUUUUGCCACUCUUCCCCACCCCAUGGAGGGAGGGAGGGAGCCCCCCAACCUCAGUGAGGAGAGCCCCGAGCCGGCCCGGGGCAACAGGCUGUGGACACAGUUCCCCCAGAUCAGUGCCCCCCAAGCUAGUAGCUAGUCAGGAAAGGGUUAAUGAAAGCCAAGAGGGGUACCUGGUGCCAUGGCUGGAGACCUGGGGGAGCAGGUGAAUCAGGGCAGCCCCCCCAGUUCUCUCCUCCCCCCAAGUCUCCCUGGGAUCUGGCACUCCAGGGAAGUGGAGCCUCCAGCCCCUACGGGUUGCAUGAGAGGGGAAGGGGUACUGAGUGGGAGAAAGAGUCAGGCCUGAGCCAGGGGGGUGACCUGGGGUGGGGGGUGGCUGACACUGGAAAAUGGGUUUUUGCACUGUUUUUUUGUUUUGUUUUUUUUUUUCCUUUAAAAUAAAAAUGAAAAGAAAAGCUCUGA